UAAAGACUCAGGAGUCUAGAGCUCCUCCAACCCAAAACCUAUUCAGCACUUUACCAUCCCUUUGUUUGGGUACAAGAUAAUGUGACUUAACCAAUCUGUGAGAAAUCAGGGGGUUUUGUUGCCAGGAGUGUUUAGCUGCUGGCUGGUUAACUGGAAUCGUUCAGGGCUUCGGUGUCGGGCUUUGCAGUAGCUUUGAUCUUGUGGAAUGUGUUUAUGCUGUAUUUGCUGGAGCUGGUGUGGUCUCUGAAGCUGGGAGAUGAAUUCUGAAUUGCCUUCCAGGCAUGUCAAGUGCUGAACAUGCAAAUGUGACAGUUAAAAUCAUCACUAAAAGGAAAUGUAUGCCCUGGUCUUUCUGAUAAAUUCUCUGCGCAGAUCCUGUGGGACUAGUAAGACCAGAGGAUUAUCAGAGUGUUCAGGGAAUAUCUGGAGUUGAGAGGCAAACAGGUGUGUCAGUUAGAUCACUCCUAAUGGCUCCUCAGAUGCUGUGUGCACAGCUCUGGUCUGGAUGCUUGUGGAGCCAUUUGUGGGAGCAGAACCUUCUUUCUUCAGGUAAAAGCAUCUGGAGUCUUUCAGUAGUCAACAAGAGCUGGGGAAUAAAGCAAAACGAAAAGAUGACUCUGAAAAUGCUCCCCCUGAGCACUGUUACCCCACAAGCCUUAAGCCUUUUAUCCCCCCCCACCCAAAAUAGCACUCUGGGUGUGGGUGUGAUUCAGGCUGCAGAGGAAGUGGAUUGAUGCUCAAGUGCCUUAAUGUGCUAGAGAAACCUCCUGUCCCUAGGCUGCUCUGUGUCUAAUGCAUUUGCUGGCAGGGUGAGGAUCUGCUGUUUCUCCUGGCAGCCUUUAGAGCCAUCACAGACACAAUCCUGGAAUGUCUGGAGCCCUUUCCAGAGAGCUUCUGUGUCCCUGGAGAUCCUGCUGCAGGCCAGUGUGGGGGCAUCACUGCUUGGCUCUCUGCUUGGCAGGAAGAAAACCAUUGUGGUCCUAACCUGGCAGAUGGAACAGCUGGAUCUGAGAGCUCUUCCUGAUGCCCACAAGGCAGUGAGCACUGGGCUUGGUUGUAGCUCUGGCCCUCAUUCUCUGGGAGCUCCCUGCUCCUCUGCUCAGUAGUGGGAUUUCUAAAUAAAUGGUCGUGGGUGCAGUUCAGUGGAUCACAACCCUCCUUAACCUUAGGGACAACUUUACAGUGCUGAGUCUUUGCUUGUGACAACGCUGGUGCCAAGGUUGGAAUGUUUUUGGUUUGAGUCAACAGCAAGAGAAGAAGUUGGUAUUAUAACGGGGGAAAAUACUGCUGAAACUCUGGUUGCUCUUGGUUCCUGUUGGGGCUGCAAGCCCUAGGUUGGGGAGAAUGCUCGUUACUUGUUUGUGUUAAAUUUUAUGACCAAAUCUGUUUUGUGUUUAAUGUUUGGCCACCGUGGCUGAUGGUGGCAACAAAUUGGUUGGUUUGUUGUCCCUGCAUGGCAGGGGGAGAGAGUGCAGCAGUGUCAGCAGGGCAGCCAGCUGCCUGCCCUGUCCUUUCUGCAUCUGGUGUGUCACAGGUUUGGCUGUUUCUGUGUCCCAGGCUGCUGAUGCUGUGCACUGAGCUAAACGUGGGCCAAGGCUGUUUCUUGAAGUCGUUUCUGUGGCUGCUUGGAACUCAGGGGGAUGCAGAGCAGCAUGAGCUGGGAAAGCUGCUCGCUCUCUCUCUCUCUGGUUACAGGGUGCUGGUUUGUACCAUCUCCUUUCCCUGUGUUCCCUUUGGGGGCAGGAUGUGGUUCCCAGGUGUCCUGCUGGGAUAUGUGCCCUCUGCCCCUGCAGAGCUGGCUGCACUAAAAGGAUCAGGACUCAAACCCCGGGAGAAAUGUCCCCAUGCCACCUCCUGCAGCACUGCUCUGCCCAAGAUGGGGAUCCCAGCUGCUGUCCCUGUGCCUGCUGCUCUCCGUAUGGAGCAGCUCUUGGCCUUUUCCCUGCAGGGCACCCCAGCAGGACGGCAGGACCACAUCUCGCCCCUUCCCCUGCGCUCCCUUCGGCCUUGCGUGUGUUCCCCGCGUCGCGUCGGUCACGGUGUAUUUAUACCAGCCUCUAUCUCUUUGUACGGAGUGUUUGGAAUAUAAAAUAAAGCUGCUCUGCUCCACGGGUGCCCAGGGCCCGGCUCGGUGGCCGCAUGCCCGGGCCCGCCGGCCCCAUUGGUCCCCGCAGUCACAUGCCGAGCGGCGGGGCCGCCCGUUCCCUCCCUCCCUCCCUCCCUCCCUCCGAGCCUCGGGCCGGGCUGAGCGCAGGGAGCGGCCGCGGUCGCAGCAUGAGCACCCUCAAGGUCUACAGCACCUCGGUGACCGGAUCCCGGGAGAUCAAAUCCCAACAGAGUGAAGUCACCAGAAUCCUCGAUGGGAAAAACAUCAAGUACGAGCUGGUGGAUAUCUCCCAGGACAACGCUCUGCGAGAGGAGAUGAGGGCAAAGGCAGGCAACCCCAAAGCCAUCCCACCCCAGAUUGUCAAUGGAGACCACUACUGUGGGGAUUAUGAGCUCUUUGUGGAAGCUGUGGAGCAAAACACCCUGCAGGAGUUCCUGAAGCUGGCCUGAUCCCUGGCUUCCCUCCCCUCCUGGACUCUACCUGCAUUCCUGAGCACCCUCAUCUCCGACCACCUUCACUUCCAGGUUGUCAGCGCUCUCCUGACACCACCACCUGUAUCCCAACAUAGGGAAACCCAUGACCAAAACUACUCAUUGCAGUUGCUUCCAAUUCCCUCCUGCCUAACCCCUAGAUCAUCUCAGAGGGAUCCAAAGAAAUCCUGACCCUCACUGCACACAGCCUUUCAACGAAGCUGGACCUGACUCCCACCGCAGCUUCCAGUGCCUCUGUAAACAGCAAAUCCCCUGGGGCUGUGUGAAGUGCAGCCAUCCAGCCCUCUCUCUCUUCCACAGGGAGAGCUCCUGCUUCAGGAGGGAAGGGCUUCGGGUUGCAUGUUACUUCCCCACUUCUCCCAGUUGCUGUUAAAGUUGUCAGUCCUGCUGCCUCACUUCCUUUUGUUGUUACGAUUAUUUUUCUUCUUCAUCUCAACUGCAGAGGUGAUGGCGACUUAAGUUGAUUUUUCGUUUGUUGUGUUUUGAUGCAAAAAUACUGCACAAAGCUGGAGUCUGAGCACACAGAAGGCUGGUGUCCCUGGGCUGGCUGCCUGGGGGGAUGGAUGGGUCUGGAAGUGGGACCCGUGCUGCUCCAUCUGCCCUCCCCUGUGAUGUGGUGCUGGGGCUCCCUCGUGAGUGUUCAUGGCUCAGGGCUGCUCCAGAACAGCUGAUGCUCCAGCUGUCUUAUUUUUCCUCUUUUGAGUUGGCUUAUUUGCAACCUGGACCAAGUGCAUUUUGUUUUCCUGCCAAAAAAGCAAGUUUAUAACCAGUGUUGUCUUCCGAGAUGCUAUUAAAUGUUACUGUACCUUU